UCUGUCGUAAAAUGAUUGCAACAAUGUUGCCCGAGUAGAGUUCAGUGGAGUUCAUGGCUAAAAGUCRGUAGAUAAUUACAAUGUUUCGAUUUCAAAGGCAUUUGAUGUAUUGUAUACUUUAUGUUGAAUUCAUUCCAAUCGAGUUUCCUGUCGCAAGUCGAUAGCCUACCUUUAGGGAGCCCUAAACUGAAUUGAUAUCCAGUUAUAUUAGCGUGAAAAUGGAAUCAUUUAACGGAGAGGGAGGGAACCAUGUACUUGUGGAAGUGAGCCCAGAUAUCCACAUUUGUGGGUUCUGUAAGCAGCAGUACAAUAACUUUGAAGUCUUUCUGGCCCACAAGCAAAAUGGCUGCCACGUACCAUCCUCUGACAUAUCAGCAUCUAACUCGGCACCCACUCUUACAGUCAGAAAUCCUUUCCCCCUAGAUUCCAGCACAGAGUUUGUUUUCGAGGAAACCUACCAGACGUGUGUUAUGAGAGGUGUCAAAAAGAUCCUGACCAAAGCCUCUAAAACACCAUCCAAAAAAUUAAAACCUGCCCUGACUUCAAAGAGGCGCAGCUGCUGUUUCUCAGGAUGCUCUUUCAAGACACAGUACGGUCAGAAAGAUAUGGAGCGGCAUCUCAAAACACAUACUGGUGAGAAGCCGUUUGAAUGUGAGCUGUGCCACAAGCGGUUCAGCCGGAGGGACAAGCUGAACAUGCACUUCCGCUCCCACACGGGAGAGAAGCCUCACAAGUGCAAGUACUGUCCCUACGCUGCGGCCGACAGCAGCAGUCUGAAGAAACACCUCCGUAUCCACUAUGAUGAGAGGCCCUUCAAGUGCCAGAUCUGCCCCUAUGCCAGCCGCAACUCCAGCCAGCUCACCGUGCACCUCCGUUCACACACUGGGGAUGCACCUUUCCAGUGCACUCGGUGUGAAGCAAAGUUCAAGAUCAACUCUGACCUGAAGAGGCACAUCCGCAUCCACUCGGGUGAGAAGCCUUACAAGUGUGACUUCUGUGACUACCGCUGUGCCAUGAAGGGCAACCUGAAAUCACACGUCCAGAUAAAACACGGCACGGCCAACUCCUUCCGCUGCCCUGAAUGUGACUUCCUGUGCACCAAUAAGACAGCUCUGAGGCAGCACUCACGAGAGCACCAGCCCACUCAACCCAUCCAGUGCUCCAUGUGCACCUACUCCUGCUCCAGCAAGGGGGCGUUCAAGGUCCAUGAGCGGAUCCACUCUGAGGAGCGACCUUUUAAAUGUGACUUCUGCAGUUUCGCCACCAAGCAGCGCAGCAACCUGGUCAUCCACAAGAAGAAGAAGUGCCACGCGGACAAGCCUGAGACAGGUAUAGGUGGAAAAAGAGGCAAAGCCGGUGUCUGUAACGGAGAGGACCCUCCCAAGCCUGUGAGCUCCCGGUACCGGGCCAAGCUGGACGCAACGCGGGCCUUCCGCUGUGACCUGUGCGAGGCGUCGUUCGUGAGGGAGGACUCUCUGCGCAGCCACAGGAAGCAGCACCAGGACUCAGACUCCCAGCAGACUCUCUCUUUGACGCUCCAGCCCAUCACCUCCCAGAACAGUGUUGUGACUGUGAGCCAUGUACCCAGGCAAGACAGCCACACCACCCAAAUCCCACUCCACCAGGUCCCCCUGACUCCCCUGGCCUCAGACCCCCUGGCCCCCUACAGCAGUGCCCAGCUCCAAAUCAUAGUUUCCCACCCUCUGGGUCAGGAGGGCUCCUUCCUUCCCCUGCAGGCUGGGCUAGACGUUGUGCAGCACCAGCAUCACACCAAGGGAUCCACCACGGUCCUCCUGAGCCCAGAGACCCAGGGCAUGGUGGUCAACUGUAUGAGCCUCACGCCCAUACAGCAGCUAGCAGCUCAGAAACGGGUAGAGGGGGGCUCUCUGGAGCCUCAGACAGUCCUGCUGACACACCUCUCCCUAGGGGACAACCGUAACCCUCUCCAUCAGGCCCUACUUCAGACAGCCAUCGCCUCCCAGGACUCCUCAGCCCACCGGAGCAGCACACAGACCUUCAUCACCACCUGCUCAGACCUGGAGGGUCUCAGUGCUCUCAUCCAGGAGGGGGGCACAGAGGUUACUGUGGUGACGGAGGGAGGGAACCACAGUAAUCUAGUCACCAUGGCAACGGCCACCUCCAGGUUUUCGCCCCCGGACAUGAUGUGUAGCGAAGGUGGCCCCUCGGAAGACUUGCCAAAGCAGGCACAGGUAACAGUGGUGCAGGGGUUUGGGGACAAUGRCAUUACCACCUGUGAGGAGGACAGUAGUAUCAUGGUCCCUAGCAUCAGUUUAGGCAGCCAGGAAGUGGUCAUCCACGGCUUGCCUCUGGUGGUGACUGCCCAGAAUCAGCCUGUUCUAGAACACCUCUCAGUCUCUACACAGAACCUCUAUUCAGUGUCAGACACACACACUUGAUGGCCUCCAAGACUGACUAGACCACCAUUACUGUACUGUUUGUCUGCAACAGAUAAAAUGGAUAGCUAUAACAAACGGUUAGAUAGCAGCUCAUGUUCUGUUACAGAAUGUUCUCAUGUGCAAGUUACAUUACAUUGACUCUUGACUCAUGUCAUAGCUUUGUCAUGUUUAGGUUAACUUAGUUAUUCAUCAUAAAUCCAGAGUUGAAAAAUGAAGUGUGACUAGUUUGUACCAAACAGUCAUCUUUGACAUGUUUUCCAAUCAUGAACUUUUCAAUUCAGAUGAACAUGAAGAAAAUGCAUUACUUAAAGUGUCAUGAAAUAAAAACUAAUAAAAGCAGUAUCUGCUUGUGUUUCUGUGCUA